GACCACUUCAAGCUUCAAGUGCGCAUGCGCCGAGUUAAAUCUCGAAUCGCGUGACGAGACCCCAUAUCGCGAGAUUUGCAAAACUGGGGGCUGGCUUUCUCAUGCAUUUCAUUCGUAGACAGGUGAUACUCAUUGAGUACGAUUCAGCUAAAUGUCGGGUUUAACAGACGCUUGCAACAUAAUUGGUAAACAACGCCGUUUUCUUACACUGAUGAAGCGAGUCUUUAUUCAAGCCAACAAAACCUGCAAUACUUUUCGUUUAAAGUGUUAUUAUGGGUGGAAGGGACUAUUGCUGUGUCGUUGGUUGUGUAAACAGACGAUCUAAAUCAAAGCUACCAUUUCAUGGUAUUCCUAAAAAGCCUGAACAUCGAAGGAAAGCCUGGAUUAAAGCAUCCGGACGACAGUGCCAUGGAAAACACAAAUUUAUUGUCACAGAAUAUACUCGUAUUUGUGGUGCACAUUUUGUGAAUGGUGUUAAGAGCAAUAAUCCUUUGGACGUUGACUAUGUGCCAACAGUUAAUUUGCCAAGGCCUAUAUCAUUGACCCCUGUGGUAGAACGAGCUACAACAACCAGUAAGAUGGCAAAGUCAUACAGUGAUGCGGUGCAGAAUGCAAUUAACCGGAAGAAAGCUUCAAACAAAUAUUGUGCUCGUAAAAAACUGAUCUUAUGUGAGCCAGAUAUUGACGAUGUGCAUAUGGAAGUAGAGGUUGGGUUGCCAGCAACACAAAGCCAGAGCGACUACGAAUUUGUUGUUCGGGGGCUAGAAACAAACGAUGCAUCGGUACCCAAGUAUGAAGACCAUGUAUAUGCAAAAGCAGAGUGUCCUAGACAGCCUCGGUUAGCUUCAACAUCAACCAGUGUCCAGACCGAAGAUCAGUCAUACUGCCACAUUUCAGCAUCAGUGGCCUUGUAG